AUGGACGGCGGCUCCUCCUUCCCGGCCGCCGCCGCCGCCGCCGCGAUGGAGACGGAGGAGCACCUGAACUGGAAGAAGAACGCGCCGGUGCUCUACGACCUCGUCAUCUCCCACCCGCUGGAGUGGCCCUCGCUCACCGUCCAGUGGCUCCCGUCGGGGUCCCCGGCCGCCGCCCGCUCUCACCAGCUCGUCCUCGGCACCCACGCCGAAGACGCCCCCAACCACCUCAUGCUCGUGGACGCCGUCCUCCCGCUUCCUCCGCGCCUGGCCGCGGCGGCGGCCGCCGAGGGCGCCACGCUCCCGGCCCCCUCCGUGUCCAUCUUCCGCUCGGCGCCGCACCAGGGCGAGGUCAACCGCGCCCGUUGCAUGCCGCAGAGGCCGUAUACCGUGGCCACCAAGACCUGCGUCGAUGAGGUGCACGUGUACCACCUCGCCGACGACGGCCACAAGGUCGGCGCCGAUGUCGUGCUCAGGGGCCAUGGCGCCGAGGGGUACGGGCUGGCGUGGAGCCCGAUGAAGGAGGGGUGGCUGCUGAGCGGCUCGUACGAUAAGAAGAUCUGCCUGUGGGAUCUCAAGUCCGGGAGUGGAGCCCCGGUUCUGGAUGCGCAACAGGUGUUUGAGGCUCACGAGGAUAUGGUUGAAGAUGUAGCUUGGCACCUGAAAGACGACAACCUAUUUGGUUCUGUUGGCGAUGACUGCAAGCUCAUGAUUUGGGACUUGCGUACGAACAAAGCAGAACAAUCUGUAGUAGCACACCAGAAGGAAACAAUACUGACGUCAUCGAAAAGAAGGAUAAGACUGAUGUUUAUGCUGGCACUACAGUUUGCUUCUGUGAAAGUUAACUCCUUGUCCUUCAAUCCAUUUAACGAAUGGAUCUUGGCUACAGCAUCUGGCGAUGCAACUAUUAAGCUGUUUGACUUGCGAAAGCUAUCAAGAAGCUUGCAUACAUUCGACAGCCAUGAGGGGGAGGUUUUCCAGGUUGAGUGGAAUCCGAACUUGGAGACUGUAUUGGCUUCCCAUGCUGCAGACAAAAGGGUGAUGAUAUGGGACGUUAGCAGGAUCGGAGAUGAGCAGGCGGAGGAAGAUGCAAGCGAUGGACCACCGGAGCUGCUCUUCGUCCACGGUGGUCACACAGCGAAGAUCUCGGAACUGUCCUGGAACCCUAGCGAGAAAUGGGUUGUGGCCAGCGUGGCGGAGGAUAACGUGCUGCAGAUCUGGGAGAUGUUUCAAUCUGCCUUUGUUGUAUGGUACGUAGAUGGGUGGACUGGGUCAAAUCUCUCGCGAAAAGUCAACAGCCUGACCCCUUCUCUAACGGGGAAUUUUACUUUUUGCCCUGUUUUACUUUGCCACUCUAUAAUUUGCCCCUGUUUACAUUUACCUCUACUUUUUACCACUCUUUACAUUUACCUCUCCUCCUCCGCCUCCUCCACCUCCGCCUCCGACGACGACGCCCCGCGCCGCAGCAGCAGGCGCGCCGCCGCCUACGAUGCCGCCGCGCUCGACCUCUGGACCUCGCAGCCGGCGCCCAUCCAGGAGCGCCGCCACCGCCUGCUCCACCUCAUGGGCCUCGCCGGGGACCCCGCCCUCGCGCGAUUCGCCCCCGCCGCCUCCUCCCACGGUUCCAGAUCGGACCCUCCCGCGACCCUCUCCGACGCCGCCACGCCGGAGGAGGACCCGAGCUGCCUGAUCAGGAACCUGGACGACGGCACGCAGUUCGCGGUGCGGGAGGAGGCCGGGCUCCGGGAGGUCGGCACCGGGCGGCAGCUCACCGUGGAGGAGUUCGAGCUCUUCAUCGGCCGCUCCCCGCUCGUGCAGGAGCUCAUGCGCCGCCAGAGCGCCAUCACCAACUGCAACUCCGCCCCCAACUCCGCCCCCAACUCCAACUCCCAGAGCGGCGCCUCCACCCCGAUGGAGCGGUCCAGCUCCGGGUCCAGCAACGGCGGGGCGCGCUCCAGGCGCCGCGGCAGCGGCUGGCUCCGCACCAUCCGCUGCGUGGCCGCCUACGACGCGUCCUCCGACAAGGGCGGCCGCCGCUCCAGCUCCGCCACGGACGACAGCCAGGAGGGCGCCGCGCGCCACGGCCCCGACCGCGUCAAGGUGCGCCCCUACGGCAAGUCCGGCAAGGACUUCGGGGGCCUCUUCAUGAACCAGGAGAUUCACGGCCACAGAGGCUCCAUCUGGACCAUCAAGUUCAGCACCGACGGGCGCUACCUUGCGACUGCUGGGGAGGACUGCGUGAUCCAUGUCUGGGAGGUGCUGCAGUCCGGGAGGAUGAGCCAGCUCGAACAUAAUGGGACCUGCAAUCCGUUUGCUACCAUGGUAUGCGAUGAUGAAGGAGAGGGCAGCCAUUUGGAAAAGAAGCUGCCAGCACAGGCUCUGAACACUGGGAGAUCGGCGAGCUCAGAACAAUUGAGGGUGCCAGCCCAUGUGUUUGCAUUGUCGGAGAAGCCUGUGAUAACUUUUGCUGGGCAUUCAGACGAUGUGCUUGAUCUCUGCUGGUCCAAAUCUCAGGAUGGCCCAUCCUGGAGGACCACUAACUACAAACAAGGCUGCCGUGUUAGCGAAGUUCCUCGAGAGAAAACUUCAGCAACCUGAUGGGUUGGAGUCUCUGAAUCCUGAUCUUGUAAAUUUGGCUGUGAAAAAUGCGAAGGAAACUAUUAAGGCUAGCAAGGAUUCGACCUACAUCCCCAUCCCCUAGAAACCUAUUUUUACCUACAUCUCUUCCAGACCAGACCAAAUUUGACCUACAUUGUCCUGCCAAUGUAGGUCAAAUCAUCAACUUCUGGGAGAGUAGUACGGCAUGUUCCAUCAUUUGAGGAUUCCUCUGAGGUUUCUGAUCAAGAGGAGCAGAGGAAGGCAAAGAAGAAAAAGAAGAACAAGAGAAAAACAAAGGCUGCGAAAGAGUCCAAGCUCAACAAAACAUCAAAGAAGAAAAAGUUAUCACUAUGAUUCUCGAAUCUUGCUGCAUUAGGGAGCUAAAAGCAGGCAGUUGUCGAUACCUUUUGCGUUUCUUAUAUCUCUUGAUUCCGCAGAACCUCCUUCGGUACUGUAAACCUAGCUGUGAUCCAUAUAUCCUGAAGGGGGCCCCUCACAGUGAACAAGAACACUUGGGAGAUCCCCAGGGGCAAAACAGAAUUCAGUCGGUCUGGUCUAGCGGUCUGCUUUUGCCAUUAGAUUUACUCGCGAAAGUUCCAUGUAUUCUGCACUUUAUUGCUGUUGCCAAAUGCUAUAUAUAUACACUGAAGCGCAAUGAUGCAGAGAUGUUCAACUUGA